GCGAGCCGAGUGAGAGAAAAGGAGGCUUCACCAGCUUUUGGACUGUCCUUUACGCAAACACUGAGAGCCCUUAGGAAUCCUAACAAAAUGGAUAAAAUUUUUCCACGAAAGGUUAAAAGCACCUGAGGGACUACCAGCAAGCAUUAAGGUUUUUUUUGCCAAAUACGUGAGGUGACACCUAAGUUAAAAGGCUAUGCAGGAGAAAAGCUGAUCAAUUGAUACACUUCAAGUAGUCGUAUGAUUUUGGCACAAUGGGGGACCUUUUCAAGGAUCAAGACUUUGGGUCCUUCAACGAGUCAUUCAAAAACUCCAGCAUUGACAAUGGCACUUAUAGUGUGAAUCAGACUGCAAAUCCUCUGAAGAGAAACGAAGAAGUGGCUAAAGUGGAAGUCACCGUACUAGCGCUCGUGCUGUUUUUGGCGCUCGCUGGAAACUUGUGCGUCCUCGUCGCUAUCCACACAGCCAAGCACAGUCAGUCUCGUAUGUAUUACUUCAUGAAACAUCUCAGCAUCGCUGACCUGGUGGUUGCUGUCUUCCAGGUUCUCCCUCAACUCAUCUGGGACAUCACCUUUCGUUUCUAUGGACCUGAUAUCCUUUGCAGAUUGGUGAAAUAUCUUCAAACUGUGGGGAUGUUCGCAUCCACUUACAUGUUGGUACUGAUGUCCAUAGACAGAUGCAUGGCGAUCUGUCAGCCUCUUCGUUCUCUACACAAACGACAGGACCGCUGUUAUGUGAUUUUGUCUUGGGCACUUAGCUUACUUUUAAGCAUCCCGCAGGUUUAUAUAUUCUCCUUACGGGAGGUUGGUGAUGGAGUUUAUGACUGCUGGGGAGAUUUCGUGCAACCUUGGGGCGCCAAAGCUUACAUUACGUGGAUUAGUCUGACCAUAUACAUCAUACCGGUGACUAUCCUGAGUUUCUGCUACGGACUGAUAAGCUUUAAGAUAUGGCAAAACUUUAAAAGGAAAACUAAGAGGGAUCAGUGCAUCACACUCACGCCCUCUGCGUCCAAAAGCCACGCGAUCGCGCGCGUCAGCAGCGUCAAGCUCAUCUCCAAGGCCAAAAUCACUACGGUUAAAAUGACUUUUGUUAUUGUGCUGGCUUAUAUUGUGUGCUGGACGCCGUUUUUCUCGGUACAGAUGUGGUCUGCCUGGGAUCCAGAAGCACCAAGAGAGGCAAUGCCAUUCAUCAUCUCUAUGUUGCUGGCAAGUCUAAACAGUUGCUGUAAUCCCUGGAUCUACAUGUUUUUUGCUGGGCAUCUAUUCCAUGACCUGAAGCAGAACCUGCUGUGCUGUUCCAACUUCUAUCUGAAGUCGUCUCAAUGCCGAUACGAUCCAGAACACGAAUCUCGUAAGAGCAACUCCUCCACUUACGUGAUCAAAAGUACCAGCAGCCAAAGGAGCAUUACCCAGACAUCUGUCACAUAAAAAUACCUCUAAAAAAAACAGACAGACUUUUUUAAAGCCAGAGGAAGGAAUAAAUAUAAACUGACACCAAUAAUUCUUUAAAUAAAGCCACAUUUCACAAUCUGACAAUUCGGGAAUUGUCGCAUCUUUUGCUGAAACUUGCUCAGUUUCUUAUAACUGAGAACCUCGGGACAAAUUCUUUAAGUGUAAACAGUUCCCUACCUGCAUGCACUGUGUUUCUUAACAUUACAGCAGGAUUCAGUUUGUACUAUUUGCCAUCAGUGUUUACUAAAGACAUAGGGCAGGAAUGGGAUGAAGUUUUUUGGGUGGGCUCCCUCAUCAUUGACCCAUUACUAGUCUAUAUAGAGAAACUUUGCUUCCCCCAUCCUCCUCAUAGGCCUUGAAUGUUCCCAUUUGUCCCAUCAGCGACAGCUCUUCAGCGUGAUCAUAUUUUAUAAUGAUAAACUCUUGGUCAGUAUGCAAAACCUUGCACAUGUGGAUUUGAAACAAGAAUAUUGGAUGAUGCUGAGAAAUACAGUAUCCUUUCUUCCAGCCUUGUUACAAAACAAGUGAAUUUGAGAAUACUAAGCAUUUUAUUCUAUUGUCUUGUUGUUGUAAAAAGCACUUUGCAUUUUAUUGUUUUGUUAAUAGCAUUACUUGUUUUCAACAACUUUUAUAUCAAGGCCCACAUCUGUUUGCAAAAUUGAUUUGAACCGAAUACUGACAAAAACCCAGAUGUUUUUUCCCUGUAAAGAAGUUAAGAACUGGUUGUACUCUCGAUCCUUUUAUGGGGCUUGGUCUCAACUAGAAUGUUUAUUCUAUUCAACUAUUUUACUCAAUGUUAAAGCAACAUUUUUUUGUUGGAAAAAUGUAAUUAAAUGUUCUUUUAAAAAAUUGUUCACUAAAAGAAAAAGUAAAUUUGACACGCGAGUUGUUUACCUGUGCUGCAAAUGGAAAAUACUAAAGAAAUGAAAGCAAAUGUUUAUUUUUAUAUUUAAAUAUGCUUUACUGAAGCUACUGAUUUCUUCCUGAAAAUAUACUACCUAUUUACAUUUCUGUGUAGCUGUAGGUUUUAUUUAUUCAAAUAAAUAAAU